GAAAUGAGACAUCGACUGCUGCAUGGUGUCCUUCUUAAAACCUCUUACCACUCAGAUAUAGUGCUGUAGUGAAACUGGGAUACCAGGCAGCGAUAGAGCAUGUUAACCUGGGGAAUGAGUGGUUAUAGAAUAUAUGGAAAAUAAUGACUUCUCAAAAAUUGACUGAGGGAAGAAGGAAAGCUAGUCGUCUAUCUGGGCCUUUGUACGUAUGCGUUUCGGUCUUGUCUAUGGUGGCGCAGGGGACUCCGGACCCGAAUGUCAACAGAGCACAUUCUAAACUCUCACAUGGAGUAGCCAUCGGUUGUACUGUUGAAGGUUUGUCGUUGACAUCGGUCUGGUCGACAAACAUAUUCUUGUUAGCUCUGAUGUCUUCAGAGGUGCAGCAAUGGUAGACGAAAAAUAAACAGCGAAAUACGCAAUAUCAUAUAGAGGUUAUGAGUGUAUGAUAAAGAAUGUAUUGA